UCUCUCUAGCGUGACGUCAUUAAUGUGCGUCGCAUGUUUACAGUUAGAAAUGAACUCCUGAUUACAAUUUAUUUUAAAGCGUUUUGAUAGUGUGUCAUUUUAUAUUAAAGCGCGCUGGUAAAAGUGGUAAAUACGGACUAAGGAGAGGACGCUUAUUAUCGGAGAUAUUGCAUUGUUUGACUUUGUUUCUGAUCAUUUCUUGGCUGAUACGUUUAAACCUUAUUCGAGGAUGUGAAAGUAAAAGUUGUUGGGAGUUAAAAAGUUACUUGGGAAGCCAUUUAUCUCAAGGAUUCACUCCGGUUUAAGGUGGUAGAUAAAAGCUGUAUCUGAAUGAGAAAGGACGAGCAUGGAUAAAGAAGAAGAUUUGGAGAUACUUGGUGAACAGCUGUACUCUCUGAUCUACCCCAAACACAAGGAGGGUGCUGCAAAACUCACAGGUAUGUUACUGGAGCUUCCAGCUGCUGUUUUGAGCCAGAUGCUGCAGGAUGAGGCCAUGCUGACAGCAGCUGUGGAGAAAGCUCUCAGAGCUCUGCAGUUGGCACCGAAGGCCAGUGAGGUGGCACAGAAAGAUGAGGAUGAUGUGUCCGAGUCCUCCGACUCUCUGGGGGAGCAGCUGUUUGAGUUAGUGGAUGUUUACAACACUGGUCACUCACAGAAAAUCACAGGAAUGCUUUUGGAGCAGCCCAAAGAUGUGGUUUUACAGCUUUUGUCAGACCCCAAACUCCUGGAGGAACAUGUGAAUCUUGCCCUGAAGACUCUGAAAGAGCAGAAUAUAGAGGAGACGGACCUCAGCGACGCUUCAGAAGUUGAUGAGACAGACAGGCUGGGAGAGAAGCUCUUCUCAUUGGUCAAGCAGAUGGACUCACUGCAUGCGAAUGACAUCACAGGUAUGCUCCUGGAGAUGGACGCUGCUUCUCUCCAACAGCUGCUCAGUGACCACAGAAAGCUGCAGGUUGCCGUUCAGAAAGCACAGGCAGUGCUGGACACUGAAAGCUAAGCUGGAUUUGAUAAACCCAGAUUAUGAAGACUUUGUAAUUUCAGACUAAAUUGUGAACUGGGUAUGAAAGCAAGAUGACCGAUGAGUCUGAAAGACAUCAUUCUGCUGAAAUGAAGGCUCGUUUCUGAGUCCUUUGUUUGCAGUGUCAGCAUCUAAUGAAAAACAGAUCUGUACUGCUUCACUUUGGUGCCAAAUCUUUACGGUUUUUCUUGAUAAAAUUGUUUACACUAAUGCAUAAGAAUUAAUUUUCUUCUGCAGAGAUCUCACAGAAAUUUGGAUCAAGAUGCUGCUUUUUGUUUUGCAUUAUUGUAAAAAGAUUUCAGCUGCUAGGAAAUAUAGCCGAUUUUCAAAUACAUUAAGGAUGCUUACUGUUGUGUAUAGUAGUGUCAGAACUAUUUCCAAAUACUGAUUAUAAAGAUAUUCAUCAUUACCAUUUCUUAGUCCUGUGUUCAGCUGUAGCAUACAAAAGGAGGACGAGAACGAAUGACUGAGCUAAUAUGGAUGGAUUUAUGUAAAUACGUAAGGUUUGAUGUGCUGAUUUAUUUUUAAGUUUACAUUUUAAUAAUGUAGAAUAUGACUCACUAGGAAGGAGUAAUUAUAUAAUUAUGGCUGUUUUGAUCUCAAAAUGGCCAUUAGUGACACAAUAUAGCUAUUUGUGUCCAUUUUCUUAAAGUAGCUAAUUAUGUUGGACCAAUCACAUUUUAUCAUCCUCCAAAAAACAGAUUCUUUGGGGAAGGAGCGCUCCUGUUCCCCGUUAAGAUAUGAAAGUGUUUGGUUAAUUCAUUUCUGAACUUAGUAUCUAAAGGAGAAAGUUUCAGAGCAACUCUGUAGGUACCAAGUGAUUCAUUCAGAUUAGAGUGUUAAAUGGAAAUGGAGUUUUUAAAAGUACAACAGGACUAAAGAAAGAUUUUUCUUUAUUCCUGACUGAAAACAGAUGUUAAAAAAUAUAUAUCACAUGAGUUUGUGAUGAAAUUAUUGCUGUAUUGAUUUCUAUAUUUUCAAAAUAAAUAUUUUAAAACCCAAUAAAUGUUACCACUAUAAUAUCUAUAUCUACAUGUUAAUAUUGUCAUUUUCUUCUAAAUUCAAAUAAAACUCAACCACAUUUCAUUCACCU